AGGAAAUCUGAGUCAUUGUCUUUAAACAAUAAAUUAUUGGUUUUAAAUCAUCGCCCAGUAUUUUUUGGUGGUUAAACGUUUCUCAAAAGAACAAAAUCCCUUGCCUAGCUGGUCGGCCGCGGCGUCCCUGGGGAAGACAACCACCUAGCAACCCCGGCUGACGCGUGACGCUGCGCCUUUAAUUCUCCCUUGAUAGGGAGGCGGAGAAUUUCCGCUCCCCUGCCCCUCUGCUGACUGGCGGCUGCUGUCACCUGUAAGGAGAGCACCGCGCAGGGAGGAUGGAGCCCAGCGUCCAUUGGACAGAAGGUAAAGGCAGCAACCUACCCUCUAAGGCUAGGCGCCCGGCAGGGGCUGGCGGAAGGUGCGGGCCGCGGCCCCCAGCGCCUGUUGCCGGGAUACACCGCCGCUCCACGGCGCGGGCGUGACCAAGGUCCAGCUUCGGGUGCACGUCCGCCCGCCCGCAGUGAAAGCGAUCUUGUGAGCUUGGGCGAGGCGGAUAUGACUCCCGGGUCCCCCGCUCCCGCGCGUCCCAGCUAAAGCCGCGGCGUCCCCGUGUCCCAGCAGCCGGGAACCGAGGGUCAGGGGGAGGGGGCGGUCCCGGCUCCCCCGCGGGCGCACACCGGCCAUGGCGCUAGCCGCCGCCGCCGCCGCCGCGGCCGCCGGAGUGAGCCAGGCGGCAGUGCUGGGCUUCCUGCAGGAGCGCGGCGGCAAGGUGCGCAACUCGGAGCUGCUGAACCGCUUCAAGCCACUCCUGGAUGCCGGCGACCCGCACGGCCGCGCCGCCCGCAGGGACCGCUUCAAGCAGUUCAUCAACGACGUGGCGGUGGUGAAGGAGCUCGACGGCGUCAAGUUCGUGGUGCUGAGGAAAAAGCCGCGGCCCCCGCAGGGACUGGCGCUGCUGCCCUCCUGCACCCCCAGCACCCCCGAAGCACCAGCGCCGCCGUCAAAGAUCACUUCUGUCUCACCGGGAGAAAACGCUACCCCGGAGGCUCCAUCCUUGGCCUCACCCCACUGGUCAGAGGAACCACUAGAGGACCUGGCCCCGCCAUCAGAGCCACGGGGCGCCCCUGGGGCCCGGGCCUCCGAGCCGACUCACCCGUCUGGAGAGUUGUUCUUAGGCUCAGUCCAGCAGUUAGGCGGACCCUCCGACCUCGGGGUUCCAGCCCCUGAGCUAUCCCAACCCUUCGAGGGGCCGUCCGCAGAAGUUGCCCCACCGUCUAGGGCACCAUCGGAGGCGACCUCGCCCGCAGCAUUACCGCCAGACCCUGAACCUGGGGUCCAGAUGACGAAGGGGCCGCCGCUCCCGCCACGCGCGCCGCAGCUGAAGCCCUGUAUGCUGCCAGUGCGCUGCGUCCCCGGUCCCACCGCGCUCAGGAUCCGGGCGGAGGAGCAGGGUCUGCGCCGGCAACUGUCGGAAGAACCGAGCCCACGGGACUCCCCGCCGCUGCGGCGGCGGCUUUCGGUGGAGGAGUGUGGCCCGGGCCUCAGCCUGGGCCCGGGACGUUCCCCGCACCUGAGGCGCUUGUCGCGCGCCGGCCCACGCCUGCUGAGCCCCGACACCGAGGAAGUGCCCGCCGCGCCGCCGCCGUCUGCCGUGCCCCUGGAGCCGGCGGAACACGAGUGGCUGGUACGAGCAGCAGGUGGCCGGUGGACCCACCAGCUGCACGGGCUGCUGCUGCGCGACAGCGGCCUGGCGGCCAAGCGCGAUUUCAUAUCGGGCUUCACGGCCCUGCACUGGGCCGCCAAGAGCGGCGACCGCGAGAUGGCACUGCAGCUGGUGGAGGUCGCGCGGCGUGGUGGUGCCCCGGUCGACGUGAAUGCGCGCUCGCACGGCGGUUACACGCCGCUGCAUCUGGCCGCGCUGCACGGCCACGAGGAUGCUGCGGUGCUGCUAGUGGCGAGACUGGGCGCACAGGUGCACGUACGCGACCACAGCGGGCGGCGCGCCUACCAGUAUCUGCGGCCCGGUGCCUCCUACGCGCUGCGCCGCCUACUCGGAGACCCAGGCCUACGCGGCGCGACAGAGUUCGACGCCGCUGGCGGAGGUAGUGGCAACCUUGCGGCCCGGCGUCCGGUACAGGUGGCCGCCACCAUCCUCAGCUCCACCACCAGCGCGUUUCUGGGCGUCCUGGCAGACGACUUGAUGCUCCAGGACCUAACCCGAGGCUUGAAAAAGUCAGGCUCCUUCAGCAAGCUCUUGGGCGCCUCGCCCAUGGUCCCGCGCAAAAAGACCAAGCCCCGUGGUGGCCUACCAGCCUUCUCAGAAGUCUCUCGUCGACCCACUCCAGGGCCAUUAGCUGGGCUAGUGCCUAGCCUGCCCCCCACAACCUGACAGUCCCUAGGGCUACGACCUGCUUUAUCUAAUCUGGCCCUACAGUCUAAGCCUGUCCAAGGCUGCGACCGAACACCCGUGGCCCUAUCCGUUUCCAUCUUCCACUGCCGUCCGACUUACCCCGGUGGGCCUGCUCCUCCAGCUUAUGUCUGAGACCUGCUCUGUCUCCAGAGAUGGGAUUAGAGAUCUCACGGCGAGUCUCCUCCGAGAAACUCCAGCAGUCAGGGCUGAACUCUGGAGGAAAGUUGAAAUUUAGGGUCAAAUGUUAAGGGGCAGCAGCUGGUCUGGCCCCUGAGUGAGUUAACCAGAUGUCCCUGCGUCUACACACUACCAAGCCAGAGCUAGAGCAAAGGUAGUGGGUCCCUUUAAAUAUUGGAUGAUGUUGGGUUGUUCGUCAGUUUUAAGAGUUGUGGUUUUGUAAUUUGAUGCUUUUAUCCUGUUUUUAAAUUGAAAUGAGGUAAAGCAACUUUCAUAAUAGUCUAGCCUUUGAAAUUCUAUUUUUCCAUUUUUAGGUAAAAUGCUCAUUUUCAAUCUUUUGCUAAAUAUUUUGGAAUU